AUGGCAGCGACAAAGGACACCAACCCCUCCCAACCAACCAUCAUCAUCAUUGGUGCCGGCCUCACCGGUCUUCUGGCAGCUCAAGCUUUGAAAAACGCAUACUUUGACGAGUGGGCGGAGACGUUGCCCAUGUAUAAUGGCGAGACGGGAGAUCUAAUGUUCAAGAGCGCGGUACCGGGGGCAAGGAGGAUUACCAGAAGGGGACUUAGGGAGGUGUUGAGUGAGGGUUUGGAUAUUGCUUGGGGACGGAAGGUGACUAGAUUGGAUACUGAGUCGGAUCCGGAAAAGGUAAAGGUUACGUUGGCAGGAGAAGAAGGGGUGGAGGAGGAAGAGGUAUGGGCGGAUUAUGUCCUGGGAACGGACGGGGCGGGGAGUAAAGUCCGGGAGAUCCUCUUUGCGGAUCAAGAAAAUGGAGAAGAAAAGGCAAAGGCGAAGAGGAGCGGGUUCAUGAUUGGGACGUGUGUUGUUGACUACCAAGAUGAGAAUGUGGUGCGAAAGGUGUUGGAGAAACAUCCGGUCAUGGCUAUGGCGAUGAGUCGAGGGGCUGUGGGGGGAUUCGGAGUCCAAUACACAACCGGCACCCCUCCCUCUGACCUCCAGCACACAUUCUUCUGGACCAAAAUCUGGAAAGGCAGCCUCUCUAUCACGCCCGACAUCCCUCGCAAGGGCCCCGAAGCCGUCCGCUACCUCAAACAAUCCUGGCAAGGAGACCUCUCACCCGAUUUCCAGUCCUUCGUAGACGCCACGCCCGAAGACGAUACGCAUACCCAGGCCUUCAUCGACGAGAUGGGCACGUGGAUUGCACAGCCGUUUGAUAAUAGGGAUGGAAGGGUGACGCUGGCAGGGGACGCGGGACAUCCGAUGCUGAUAUUGAGAGGACAGGGGUUCCAGCAUGCUGUUAUCGAUGUGCAAAACUACGUCCAGGCUCUGUUGGAAAUCAGAGACAGUGGAAAGGAUAGGAAGGAAGUGGUGGCGGCGUAUGAUAAAGAUAUGGUGGAGAGAGGAAGUAAGGCUGCCCUACAGGCGCUGGAGGAGGCGGAACUGGCGAUGGAUGCGAAGAGUGUGGAGAAGAUGUUGAUGGUUAGGAAGGGGCAUGGGAGGAGUGUCUAA